AUGUACUUGAUAACAGAAACUUUAAUGACUACUUCUCUUCAGAAAAUUUCAGGCAAAGAAACAUCAAUGUACUUGGUGAUUGAUGAGGCUCAUUGCAUUUUAGAAUGGGGCCAAGACUUCAGACCACAGUUCAAAAAACUUGCACAGAUAAGGUCAGUACUUAAAUGCAGAACCAUUGCUCUGUCAGCAACAGUAACAGAAUGUGGGCAGAAGCAGAUCAGUCAGAGCCUUCUUAUGAAAGACUUCUCUGCAAUAUGUGCAAGCCCUGCCAAAAAUAACAUUGCACUGAUAGUUACCAGCAGGCCUAGUCCCAAUGCAAAAGGAAACUGUGCAGAAACACCAUACUAUUACAUAUUCAGUCCUGUAAUAGAUGAACUGAUGAAAAAACAGGAUACCUUUCCUAUCACCAUCUAUUGCAAAUCAAUGCAGUGGCUGGGUUAUGGCUACCAGGUUGCAAGACAAAAAUUGGGAAGUUAUUUCUAUGCUGGAGAGAGCAGACCUGAGAACUCCAGAGUCGUCAUGUUUCACUCUUCUAUGGAAAAAGAUUCCGGAAAACUGAAAGAGGCCAUUCUGUCAAACUUGCAAAAGCCAGAUGGAGGUUGUCAUAUCAGGCUGAUAUUUUCAACUGUGGCACUAGGGAUGGGAGCAGAUCUGAAACAGGUUAAGAGAGUUAUUCAUGCCGGUCCACCAACUUCACUGGAAACAUAUGUUCAAGAGAUUGGACGCGCAGGAAGGACAGGUUCAGAUUCACAGGCUAUUCAGUAUUUCAACAGAGGAGAUUUAGCUUCAGGUUCAAUGAGAAAAGAAAUGAAGGAAUAUUGCACAGACACUUCCAAGUGUAAAAGGGAAAUAAUUAAUAGCUACUUCGGCUUUCACACAACAGUUCAAUUACAAACAUGUUGCAGCAUAUGUAACCCUGAUAUUGCACUAGAGUGGCAGUUUGAACAUAUGGGUGUUAAUUGA